AAAUGAUGCAGUUUCUCAAGCCGGUUCCAACCGAUAUUCUUCAACGAGCUAUGCUUCCUCCGGACAUCGUUCCAUCUAUAAUGAUGAUCUCGAAAUGUACUGGAACGAGUUCGUAGCUAUUUUCGAUCAAAAAAGAAAAAGAGGUGGGAGGUCUCCUACACAAAUGUAUAACAUAUUGUCUGAAGAGAUUAGACUUAGCCCCGCCACAUUGGCCAGUUUCUAUCGUCAUCAAAAGGUUCCGAGAGUCACAACAAUGGAUAUACUUAUUCCUUGGAUCGAAAGAGAAGGAAGGAAAAGGGUAGUUAGGUUUGGGGGUAAUAAUG